CCACUAUGUGGCUAAUUUGAAGUAAAUUCUUUUACUAGAUUCCUAAUUUUUCAUUAUUUUUGUUCUUACUAUCUAUUUCUUUAAAACCUCUUCACAAAAUAAGGUGUGGCCACGGCAAAAGGUACGGCAGACCCUGGAAACAGAUGGGAUGACAGCAUCACCCGAUAUGACUUCAUUUGGUCGCCUCCUCUCAUCGUGAUUUUCUGGUAAUGAAUCGCAAACACGGGACAUCGGCUAGGAACAAAGACUCUGAGGACCACUGAGAUCGUCGUAUCUCAAACACGGGACAUAGGCCAGGGACCAUGACGCCACGGAUGAUUUUUGUCUCCGGGUUCCUGCUUCUCUAGUCAUGUCCCGUUUUUCGCUUCUCCGCGGGUUCCUGCUUCUCUAGUCAUGUCCCGUCUUUCGCUUCUUCCCGCAUCCAGGAACCUGCCAACCAAAUCCUCGAAGAGCGCCAAGACGAUUAGCGUAGAUGAAAGGCUUUGUUUGCUAGUGAUGUCUUACUUUGGUGGCGCAUAGAGCCUAGAAGGUUCUCUCCUCGGAGCCGUGGCCGGGGGAGGGGGAAGAGGGGGAGGAUCACGACAAGCUCUUUGUUGGGGUACUCCAUCACUCAAUGUCAAAGGAAGCCGCCACAUGGGCCCGGAAAAAAAGCUUGUGCUGGGCCCUGGCCUCUCAGAUAUAAAUUCUCCCCUUUCCACCCCGAUCCAUCCUUCUUUUUUCUCUCUAUCUUCUAUCGUCUCUCUCUGGCAGAGCCUUCUAUUACUUUCGACUUUUGUUUGUUUUUCUCAAACACUCCUUUCAUCCUAGACGGAUAUUACCUUCCUUACUUCUUUCAAGUUUUACUUUACUACAUCACACUCUCUUUCUGAGAAACAGUCCUAUCUUUAUAUACCCUACCAACACACCCAACUACAAAAAUGAUGAAGGCACAAAUCAUCGCAGCAGCCGGGCUGCUCUUCUCCUCGCGCGCCUAUGCGCAGCAGUCUCUCAAUCAGGGCUCCGGAUUCGGCACCUACUACUUCGAUGUCGAGCAGAUCGAAACCUGUGGCACCAGCUUUGCCGCCCAGAACCAGGGCGGAGUCAUGUGCAGCCACAUCACCAGCUUGCCCCUUACCGAGAUCAACUCCAACUAUGUUGUUGCCAUGAACAACACCCUCCUCCGCGGGGAUAUGGCCAAGUACUGCGGCAAGAAGGUCGUUGUCUCUGUCAACGGCGUAGCCUCCAACCUACCACUCUUCAUUGGUGACGGCUGUGAGCGCUGUGGCACCGGCCCAUCCACCAGUGACACGUGGGAGGCCAACGGAGCCCCUGGACUCGACUUCAGCUACUCUGUCCUGAAUGAGCUGUCCGGAAGCGCGUGCGCUGAUGGACACAUCGAUAUCAGCUGGGAAAUCGUCGACGAGACGCUCUACAACUUCGACACCGACGGAUCGGGUACCACUCAGGGACCCGCAUCUGGAGGCAGCAGCAGUGGCAGCGGCAGCGCCGCGGCUAAUGCUGCAACUACGGCCGCUUCUUCCUCUGCUUCCCAGGAGUCUUCCUCUGCUACCCAGGAGUCUACCUCUGCCACCCAGGAGUCUACCUCUGCCGCCCAGGAGUCUACCUCUGCCGCCCAGGAGUCUGCAUCCAGUGCCGCCACCAGCGCAAGCUCCGCCAGCCAGGCCGUCAACUCCCCAGCCGACGUCGCACAAGCAGCCGUCCCAACCACGAUGAUCACUCAAACCGCCAAGGCCGCUUCCACCACCUCUGAUGCUCCCACCACCAGCUACACCCCCACCGCCACCAGCGGCCUGGAGAUCCUGGCCACUCCCACAACCAGCGAGCCCAGCGCGCCCUGCCCAACUGGUGUCUGGGAAUGCAGCGGAGACGACCUCGUGCAAUGCCUCGAUGGCAAGUGGGUCACCCGUGCUACAUGUGUUGAUGGAUUGAGCUGCCAGGGUGGCAACUCUCCUUACUGCGCGCCUCUCGGAUUCGGCAAGGCUCUUGCUGGAAACUAAGCGUCUUUGCCAUUUGAUAUGGAGAUUUUUAAAGCAAUAUAGAAUAUAGAAUAUAGAAUAUAUAGAUCAAUUGAAUUUACGUCUAUUCUUAAGUCUAGA